AUGUCGAGCUCUGAUUCGUGCAAAAGCUCAUCAUUCGAGCACCUCAGCAUGGACGAUGAAUUUGCCGGAACGGAUAGCUCGACAGUUUUGUGUCGGGAAGUCAAUGGUUUCUGCAUCGACAACGAGAACUGGCACAUUCGACUGGAAGAGCUUGGAAACUUGUGCUCGACGUCGGAGCAAUUCGAGGAGCAGUUCAAAAGGCUCUGCAACCAAAUAGCGAUGGAUGGGAGCAGCAAUAAUGGAAAAGAGAACGUGGACGAGACCGAAUCAGACGUCGAAUCGGUGAGAAACGGCCCAAACGAUCCGAGGGUCUUGCUGAAAGUGGACAAGAUUGUCGCUAGACUCGAGCAGCGAAGGAAAGCUCGAAUUGCAAAAUACGAAGCACAGAUCGCCGCAUUAGAAGACUCAAAUCGGCGCUUAAAAACGAAAGUUGAAAGUCUCGAGGAGCAGUUGCAGAGGUCCGAUCAAAAGAUGGAAGUGACGAACAGAAUGGUGCAGUUCGCAUCGGGAAACAUUCGAAAGAACACUUACAAUGAAGAAAUUCGAUUGAAGGCAAUCGAGUCGAUCGUGAACGCAGCAUUCGAAGAAGUCGUCGAGCUGCGUGUCAACGAGAUUAAUCGAGAGGAUCUGAGCGAGAAGGUGGCCAGUUUAGAGCGAGACAACGCCGAAAUGCAGAAAAAGAUUGACUCGUUAGAGGGUCGACUGAAAAACCUCGAAGAGUUCCUAUCAUUGUAUUAA